AUGUCUGCCAAAUCAUUGCUCCUGCAAGCCCUAGAGUUUGACGAGGAGAGUCAAAUCCGACUAUUGCAGUUGUUCGUCCAAGCAGCUUCUCCUAAUCCACCUGGAAGUACAAUGGAGGCUGCCAAAGUCCUAAGGCAGUAUUUAUCCAACCGUGGAAUUCCUAGCGACAUUGUUGAAGCUCAACCAGGCCUUCAUAACGUUGUGAGCGAAUUCGAAGGAGGGGCAGGUUCUGGUCCACGGGUGGUUCUGAACGGCCAUAUCGACGUGUUUCCUGUACCGGAAAAUACCAAUGGGUGGACUGGUGAUCUAUGGUCUGGCGAUAUAAAAGACGGUCGUAUCCACGGGAGAGGCGUUGUCGAUAUGAAGUCAGGAACAGCCUCCUUGGUGAUUGCCUAUGCAGCCCUCUAUGCCCGGAGGGAAUCUAUUUGUGGGAGUGUUGCUCUUUGUGCAGUAGCCGACGAGGAGACAGGCGGCCGAUGGGGUACAAAUUUCCUUAUUAAACAGAGCAGGGACCAAUGGGGCGGUGAUGUCAUGCUCAGCGCCGAGCCAUCCGGCCAUACGAUCCGAUUUUCAGAAAAAGGGACAUUGAGGUUAUCAGGGUCUGUUACUACGAAGGGGGCUUUGGGAGCUUAUUUGAACCUUAGCAAAGGUGCAAUUCGGACUGCAACUAGUUUCCUCGCAGAGGUGGUUGAAGCGGUGGAAUCGAUUGAACCAACGCCCCCUUCUGAAAUUGGGAGGCAUAUGAAGAAUCCUGAGACCUUGGCCGCCGUGGAUCGGGCUAUGGGACCAGGCACCUCAACUGUUGUUGCCAGGCCAACGGUCAAUAUUGGCACCAUUAAAGGUGGCCUCAAGGUCAAUAUGAUUCCGGAAAAUUGCAAGUUCGAACUCGACAUUCGGUUGCCGAUUGGUCUGGUAGCGGAUCAAGUAAUGACUGUUAUCGACUCUGUGAUCCCGAAUUACCCGGAAGCCACCAUCGAGCUUAAGAAGCAGGAGGCGGCUAGUAAUCCUAGCAGUCUUUCUUCCAUUGACCAUCCCAUGCUUGAACAUCUUAUGCGGAAUGUAGAGUUGGUUGGAGGCUCUCGCCCUGCUAUCAUUCCCUCUAUGGGUGCUACAGAUUGCAAGCAUUACCGCUACGCUGGCGUGCCGGCAUAUGUGUAUGGCUGCAGCCCUUUCAGCAUGGCUACGACUAAUGAGUCAGCGUCGGUGGACGAGUUCCUUCAUGUGACAAAAGCCCAUGCACUUGCUACAUGGGACUUUUUGCAAAAGAAGAACGGUAUCUCGCAGGCCUAA